GGGCGGGUCUUGGGCACCCGUUCGCGUAAAACGAGCUUCUUUGAACUCUGGAACACUCGAAUUCAUUUAUUUCUUCACUGAAGUGGCGCCGGAAUUAACAGCAAACUUCAUUGUCAAAGAAACUCAAACCCAAAAAAUGGUAGAAAUAAAGAGCUACGAUGAAUUUUUGAAGGUUCAUGGCCUAUUAUUAACCGCAACUGGGUUGCCCCAAUCACUUUACCCACAACUCUUUCGUAAACUCUCAUCUGAAACAUUCGAUGGUGGUGAGUUCUUCCAAAUUGAACUUUGUGAAGAUGGUUUACAAAGAAGACUCGUUUUCACUUCUGAUUACAUGCCCAAACACUCCAAUGUCUUCCUUGUUGAUCAUGCUUGGACAUUUCGCCUCCCUGAUGCUCCAAAACAGCUUGAUGAAGUACCAGGUUUGGUUGAGAGAAUGGCUUCUUUGAUGUGUGUCGAUGGUGAUUGCCAUGAACAAGAUGAAGAUAGCACUGAUGAUUUAAUUGAUAAUAAUAGAAAACCGACUCCGGAAGCAAUAGUUGAAAGUGAAAUUUGUAGAUCAAGAGAAAUGGGUUGUGACGAAGUAAAGUGGCUGGAACUUGAAGAGCUUGAUAUAGAUGAUGCCAAGCUUCUAGAUUUGGCUCUACCUUCUAGAUGUCCGAAUCUAUUUGCUCUUAGCCUACUUGGGAACAAGAUAAAGCAGUUAGAGACUGUUCUGGAAGAACUCUCGAAACUGAAAGACCUACGUGCCCUCUGGUUAAAUGAUAACCCUAUUCUUGAGAAUGCGAGUAACAUGACGGAAGCUGUGCUUCAGGCAUUCCCAAAACUAGAGAUUUUCAAUUCUUGUUUUACACUUAAAUAUAGUGAAUGGGCAUUGGGAUUCUGUGGAGGAAUAUAUGAUAAGGAUAGCCCUGGCGUUGAUGGUGAUCAGCAACUGCAGAGCAUUACCUCUCUCGACCUUUCAAAUAGAUGCAUCCACAAUCUAAACAAUGAGGCAUUUUCACCUGUCAAAUUACCACAUCUUUCACACCUAAAUCUUCGCGGAAAUCCAAUGGAUGAAAAUGCUGCUCACGAGUUGCUGCAAAUCUUAAAGAAAUUUCAUUCACUGAAUUCUCUGGAGGUUGAUAUACCAGGCCCCCUUGGUGAAAGUGCAAUAGAGAUUCUUAAAUCUCUUUCUAAUCUUGUUUUGCUUAAUGGUGUAAAAGCAACUAAAAUCCUUGAGAGUGAGAAGCAUGUGGUUGACUCAGCAUUGCGGCCACGUCUUCCAGAGUGGAGUCCUGAUGAAUCCCUUGCAGAUCGUGUACUCAAUGCUAUGUGGCUGUAUUUGAUGACUUACAGACUUGCUGAUGAGGAAAAGAUCGAUGAAACCUCUGUAUGGUAUGUGAUGGAUGAGCUGGGUUCAGCUUUGCGACACAGUGAUGAGCCAAAUUUCCAGAUAGCACCUUUUCUGUAUAUGCGUGACGGGAAUCUAUCUUCAGCUGUCAGCUUCUCUAUUUUGUGGCCAACCCAAGAUAUUCGGAAAGGAGAUGGGUGCACACGUGACUUUUUGUUUGGUAUAGGAGAGGAUAAACAACGAUCUGCCAGACUGACCGCUUGGUUUCAUACGCCAAACAAUUAUUUUAUCAAAGGAUACGAGAGAUAUCUUCAGAAGUUGCAAUCAAAAAGAUGUACUUCUGUGGGAUCACCGGAGUUGUCAAGUCUGGUUUGCAAUCAAAAGCCUUUACGAGUUUAUACAGAUAUGCCCUAUGUACAGGCGUUUCUCACUCGCCCUGAAUUUGUAAUCACUAGCGAACCUAAGGAGGCAGAUAUUAUUUGGACCAGCAUGCAGGUUGAUGAGGAGACUAAAAAGGCUGUUGGGAUAAGAGAUGAUCAAUACAUAAACCAAUUUCCACAUGAAGCUUGUCUGGUCAUGAAACAUCAUUUAGCUAAAACUAUUCAAGAGGCACAUGGAAAUCCUGAAUGGCUGCAGCCUACAUAUGAUCUAGAAAAACAUUUGGCGGAGCUAAUUGGAGAUUACUAUGUACGUGAGCAAGAAGGGCUUGACAACUUGUGGAUCCUGAAACCUUGGAAUAUGGCACGUAGUAUGGAUACAACAAUCACCAGUAAUUUAUCUGCAAUUAUUCGUCUGAUGGAGACUGGUCCAAAGAUAUGUCAGAAGUAUAUUGAACAUCCAGCGUUGUUCAAAGGGAAGAAGUUUGAUCUUCGUUACAUUGUUCUUGUUCGCAGUAUGAAUCCUUUGGAAAUAUUCCUUGCUGAUGUCUUCUGGGUAAGGCUGGCAAAUAAUGAAUAUUCUUUGGAUAGACGAAGCUUAUACGAGUAUGAGACUCAUUUUACAGUUAUGAACUAUCGUGGGAUUCUGAAUCAUGUACAAACACAAGAUUUCGUGCGAGAGUUUGAGCAAGAGCACCAAGUUAAAUGGUCGAUUGUCCAUGAAAGAAUUAGAUCUAUGAUCCGAUCUGUCUUUGAGGCAGCAGUUGCUGUAUAUCCAGAGAUGCAUAAUCCAAAAUCCAGGGCAAUUUAUGGAAUAGAUGUCAUGCUUGAUGCUUCUUUCAGUCCUAAGCUAUUGGAGGUAACGUAUUGCCCUGACUGUACAAGAGCAUGCAAAUACGACAUGGAGUCUGUUCUUACCGAGGGAGCCGAAAUCAAGGGUCAUGACUUCUUCAACACUGUGUUUGGUUGUCUGUUCUUGAAUGAAACCACCAAUGUAGCCCCAUUAUAUUGGGAUUUUGAAAUGUAAUAGCAGACCAAUGAAUUUGUUGUUUAGUUUAUCUUAUUGUGUAUUCAACUAGAAAUUUUGACUUGACACAUAUUCGAACGAAAGCGUGUAUUUCUAUUUUUGGUCAUGAUCCCUGCAAAUUGGGGCCAAAUUUGAAGUGAUAUGAUAGUUGUUCUGAUCUGAUCUUCUGGA